AUGUCGAAACGGAAGAAGAGUGCAACAACUGCUUCUGUCUUCAUGUCCUCUCUCGGAGACAUGGAAAGUAGUGAGGAGGAAGAAGAAUAUAAUUCAUCCAUUGGAAAUUUAUUACAACAACAAGAAGAAGAGGAUGAUUUUUUUCUGAAUGAGGAUAAUGGCAAUGAAUCCAACUCCAAUGAGGAGCAAGAAGAGAAUCAUCUUCCUCGUGGUCAGGAUAAUGAUGAUUGUCAAUUAAAUUCAUUAUUUAAUGAUCAAGUUGAAAAUGAAGAGGAGACUACUGAAUCACUAUUAUUGGAUGAAAAUGAUGAUGAGGAGAAUACAACAACAGGGAACAAGUCCGUAAAUAAGAAACAAUCGAGAGAAAGCAGUGUCUUUAUUUCCGAUAUUAAUGAUGAGGAAGAGGAUCCCAAUUUUGAAACAACCAUUCAUCAUUCAUCGCCGAGUAGCAGAAGCUCAGUUUCUACUUUGGAUGACAAAAUUGAAAAUAUUCAUCCCAAUAUUCACACGAAUGCAAAUUAUAUAUUUAUUACACCUUCUCAUACUCCAUUCAAUCUCACGAAAAACAACAUUCCUGUACCCAUUGACACUAUACAUCCAUCCUGGAAAACUUCAAUAACGUUACGUUCGAUUGAACAACAAAAAUUGGAACUAUUUAAAGGACUCAUGUCUCGAGAGAAUGCCAUUAAGAAACAUUACAAAAUUUUGGAUGGAAAAGUAGCUAGACCAUUCGAAGAGACAACAACAGGUCAUGAACAAUCUUGGAAUGAUGCGAAACAUGACAACACAAGCCAAGGCGUAUCAUCAUCUUUGUCUAACGUGUUUCGUCAAGAGGAAGAACAUGAAUCUGAUACCAGCACUGAAUCUAAUGAUGACUCACAUAAUGGAGACUUGACAAGUUCAGCUAGCAGUGUCCGUAAUCAACAACAACAACUCUCCAAUGCUCCUAAAUCUCAAAUUAAGGAAAUCACAGUGCAAGCCUCCAACACUGAAGAGCUUCGAAAGGCUCUUACAGACAUUAAACAAAGCAAAAAACAAAUGCGAAAGAAACAUAUGGACAAAGUUCUCAAGAAAUCAAAGGAACAAAACAAAUUCAUAACAAAACCUGGCUCCUCGAAAAAGGCCAUCCAAAAACAACAAAAGAUGGCCUAUCGACAAGAAUUAAAAAAGAUGCCACUCAAAGAGCUUCAAGGUAUGGGAAAGAAAAUUAUAUUUGCAAAUACGAAGCAACAACAGCAACAAACUCAACAACCUCAACAGAAAUAA